AUGUUACCAUUAUUUAGAUCGGCGAUUUUGUCUCAAUCGAGAGCGGUAGUUUCCAAGAGAGUACUUGUUAUGCCUAUUUUAAGAUACAAUUCUACUUCUUCAUCAUAUGAGACAGUCAAAAAGUUGAAUGAGUUAACUGAGCUUACUAAAAUUAUAGAUGAGAAAUCUAGCAAUAGGAAAUUAUCAGUGAUAGAUUUUUAUGCCACUUGGUGUCAACCAUGUAAGGCCAUGUCUCCUAUCAUCACUAAAUUAAUGAAUGAACAUCCAGAUGUCAAUUUUUAUAAAGUCGAUGUAGAUGAAAGUCCAAGUUUAGCUCAACAUUGUAAUGUAAGUGCAAUGCCAACAUUUGUCUUAACCAAAGAUGGAGCAAUUGCUGAUACCAUUGUUGGUGCUAACCCAUCUGCUUUGAAGAAAAGUAUUACUGAUUUGAAAUAG